AUGAGUCAAGUAAAUAUUGAAAAAUUGCCCGAGGAAAUAAAAAGUCGUUUAAGAAGCGAUAUUCAGAUAAAUACAAUCACCCAAUGCACCUUGGAACUGGUUUUUAAUAGUUUGGAUGCAAAAUCCAACUCGAUUGCGAUAAGAUUGAACCUACCGACACAUAAAAUUCAAAUAAUCGAUAAUGGGGAUGGAAUAACAUUGGAAAAUUUCAAAAACAUUGGAAUACGAUAUAUGACCAAUAAAUGUCUCUCGUUGGAUAAAUUCGAAUCUAAACGUAAAACGUAUGGUUUUAAAGGAGAAUCUUUAGCUUCGAUUAUAAAUGUUUCAAAAAAGGUACAGAUUGCAUCAAAAUUUGGAGAAAAUGGAACAUAUUUGAAGACAUUUCUUAAUGGUGAGGCAGAGAAUGAAGUGAUUAAAAUAAAAAAUAGACCCAGUAAAGGUACUACUGUUACAAUUGACGAUUUUUUAUAUAAUUAUCCGGUCCGACAAAGAAGAAUCAAUAAACUUGAUUUGAAUUCAGUCAAAAAUAUGUUGGAACAAUUAACAAUUAUUUUUCCUAAUGUUUCAUUUAGUUUAAAAAAUGAAGAAACUGACGAAGUAAUUUUAAACUCACACAAAGAAAUUAGUGUUUCCCACGUUCUUUGUACAUUAAAUAACACUUUAGAUAUAAAGAAGUUCGCUGAAUUUAAAGUCGUUAAAGCGAUUAAUAUACAAUGUUCUUAUUCGGAAGUUGUCGUUAAUUUUGAUUCAACGAAAUUUCAAGCUGAAUUCAAAUCAUGGCGUAUGAUUAAACAGUGUAUAGAAAAAAUGAUUACCUUGUAUAUCAAAAAAUAUAAUAAACAAAAUGAAGGUAAUACCGAAAAAACUAAUGAGAUUAAUGGAGAAGAUUUUCAUACUCAAAAAAGAGUAAUUAAAAAUCCAAGGAAAAGAUUAGGGAUGAGAUAUGCAAUAACAGAUUAUUGUGAUAAUAAAAAAUCUGGAUUAAGAAAUAAUAAACUUCAAAGUAUUGAGAAAAAGAGAAGUAAAAAAGGCAAUUUAAAUGAGUCUUUUAGAAAUAAACUUUUUGGGUUAUUUGAUGAUCAAUUUAAUUCACAAGCAAUGCAUUUAUCACCGGCAUUGAAAUCUUUGAAGAUUGCUGAAAAACCAGUUGAAAUUGAUAAUGAAGAAGAAGGUAAAAAGGUUAUUUUGGGAACUUUUAUGAAAUCGCUUUCUUUGAGCCAAAAAAGUUUUGAGAAUAAGUCACAACAUAUCAAUCCGAUAUCUACUAAUAAAUCUGAUAAUAAAAAUCAAUCGACACCAUCAUCAAAAGAAUUUGAAAAAAUUUGUGAUGACAAUUCAAACAUGAAAAACUUUCAAGAUCUUUCGUUAUGUUUAAAAGAAACACCACAAGAUAUUCAAGCAAAAAAGCGACGAAUCGAUAUGUUAAAUAGCGUUGGAACAAACUUAAUCGAAGAGAAAUUAAAGCUACAGUCGCAACAACAAUUAGAAUUAGAUAAUCCAAAAGUUUUAAUAUCUACUUCAACUUCUCCUUUCAUUUCAUACCGGACAAUAGCUUGUCAAACUGAAACCCCAAAAGAAAAGGAAGAUAAUACUAUAAAUUUGACUUCUGUAUCACCAUUAAAAAAUGAUGAUGUAAGUUUUAUGAAUCGAUUUUGGGAUGAUGACAAAAUAAAAGAAAAUGUGGAAGGAGUCGAUAAAAAUUUAAUUAUGAAUGAUCUGACGAUUUUUGGUGAUGAAAAUUAUAAAAAUCAUAACAAUUUUAGAAAAAAUAAGAGUAAAGAAAGCUUAUUUUUUGAAAAUCAAAGGAAUAAUGAUGAUGAUUUGAUUUUUGGAGGUUUAAAUUUGAGAGGUGCGAAAUCUAGAGUAAAUAGGAGUAGAAAUAAUAUUUUGAAAACUAAUAGUUUAGAAGAAAUGUUUUCUGAAACUAAAAAGAAAAUUGAAAAUAAUGAGUAG